AUGGAUAGCCACAACCCCAUUCCGACAUCAGAAGUGGGAUCGCCUCAGCCCCAAGUCAAUCCUGAUGACCGUUUGUGCGCCUUGCUGGAAAUGCAGCAUCGCAAUCUAAUUGAAGUACUUAGUGCCGUGAAAAAUGCGCAGGCGGCACCAAGCGCGUCCAAUUCAGUUACGUUCCCGAAGUUCAACCCUGAUUCCGCUGGUUCCAGUGCAUCCACCUGGUGUUCUACGGUGGACCUUAUUUUAGGGGAAAAUCCUCUGGACGGCAGUGCUUUGCUUAUAGCGCUAACCAAAUACUUGGAGGGUGGUGCUUCCAACUGGCUCUCACAAAUCUGCUUCGCAGGAAUGACAUGGAUUCAAUUUAAAGAAAUGUUCCUACAACAGUUUGAAGGCAAUGAAACGCCAGCAGCGACGGUAUUUAAUGUUUUAAACAGCCGCCCAAAUGACGGCGAAUGCCUGGCGCUGUAUGGAAGCCGAUUGGUGACUACUCUUAUGGCAAAAUGGAAGACAAUGACACCAGAAGAAAUUGCAGUGUCGGUAGCCUUAUCGCAUUCGGCAACCAUAGAUGCUCGGUUGCAACGCACGUUGUUUACAACCACUAUUAAGACGCGCAACGAGUUGCAAAAUGAGCUAAGGGCAUUUUCGUUUGCUAAGCGAAAGGAGCAUUCCGAUCCGGAAAAUUUUGUAAGCAAGAAAGUGCGCCUGCAGACACCUGUUAAAUGUCAUUUCUGCGGAAAAAUGGGUCAUAAAAUAGCCGACUGCCGCUCCAGGAAAAAUAACAUGAAGCCACAAGGACCAAGUUCGAGUUCUGCACGUUCAUCCGAGUCAAAAGCUGGACCAAUUACUUGCUACAGAUGUGGAAACGAAGGGCAUAUUGCAUCAGCGUGCCCUAAACGACAGCCGAUGGGAAGCCAAAGCAAAACGGACGAAAAACGCGUUAACCUAUGUCAUGUUGCUGAGCCAAUUGGAACAUUGAUUUCAUCCGGUGAGUCGUAUCUAUUUUGCUUCGAUUCUGAAGCCGAGUGUUCGCUCGUAAGGGAAUCAGUGUCUAUGAAACUCUCAGGCACACGAGUUAAUAACAUCGUUACAUUAAAGGGUAUUGGAAAUAAUACUGUCACUAGUACAUUAUAAAUUUUGUCAAAAGUGAUUAUAAGUGAAUACUGUCUUGAAGUCCUUUUUCACGUAGUACUUAACAGUUGCAUUAAUUACAAUAUAAUAAUUGGUCGAGAAAUCUUAAGUCAGGGAUUUAGUGCUACGAUAAAAAAUGAUGAAAUCAAAUUAUGUAGGACUAAGUCUGUACAUACCCUUUCUGCUUUGAAAAAUAAUGUCAAUCUUGCUAAUGUGGAUACCGAAUUGUGUGGUGUAGAUAAAGAAAAUUUGUUAGAUAUUUUAAAUGAAUUUUCAAAAUCAUUUAUAGACGGAUUUCCGAAAAGCCGCGUCACAACUGGCGAGUUAGAAAUACGUUUAAUUGACCCAAAUAAAACUGUACACAGACGACCAUACAGGCUUAGUAUAGAAGAAAAAGAAAUAGUGAGAAAUAAAAUUAAGGAAUUGCUAUUAUCCAAUAUAAUUCGCUCCAGUAGUUCCCCAUUUGCCAGUCCUAUGCUACUCGUUAAAAAAAAAUGGAUCAGAUCGUCUUUGUAUAGAUUACCGCGAGCUAAAUGCAAACACAGUUGCUGAAAAAUAUCCCUUGCCGCUAAUUAGCGAUCAAAUAUCUAGGCUACGUGGAGCAAGAUUCUUUAGUUGUUUGGAUAUGGCCAGCGGGUUCCACCAGAUCCCUAUUAAUCCAAAUUCGAUUGAGCGUACAGCGUUUAUGACUCCAUAGGGCCAAUACGAAUUCCUAACUAUGCCGUUUGGGUUAAAAAAUGCUCCAUCAGUAUUUAAGCGGGC